GUGAGAGCGGAAGAAAGCGAAGCUUUAAGCUUUUCACUGAAGGGAGAGAAAGCUUGCUCGCAUUCCAAUUCCCCGAAGAAGAAGAAGCGGGCCGCUGAGUGAUCCUGCGAGUUUAUUGCGAUCGGAGUGGAGACAUGCUUGUUCAGAACCGCUCCGCCCCCGACCCUCGCCUUCUUACCAACCACCGCAGCUCCACAGCUUCCGCGGUUGCUACUUCCGGCAGUUUCAGCAAGGGUUUCGACGAUAUCGCUUCCUGGACCUUCGAAAACCUCUCUAAGAUCGUUAUUGCUGGUUUUCUCAUUGCCUCCGCAGCCGCAGUCCUCAUCCUCCUUCCGGGCAUUGGCGAUACCGCUGCUUUUCUUUGCUUCGAGAGAUCUGAGUCCUCCAACUUCGAUUCGUCUCGUAUUCGCCUUCCCUCGGUAAACUGGAACUCUAUUCCCCAUAUUGCUCCUACCCUAUCAGAUCCGCACUAUUCCUUUCGCGCAGAACGUUGGAUCGUAGUCGCUGCUCCAUCUCACUCCCUGCCCUCAGCUACCCUCCGCCGCUUGGCUGGCAUCAAGGGCUGGCAGCUUCUUGCCGUGGCCACCUCCCAGACUCCUGUCGACUUCUCACUUAAAGGCGCUAUUAUUCUCUCACUCGACCUUCAAUCCCGCCUCGGCUUCCGCUCCACCGACUACCUUCCUUAUGAUUCCCACGUCCGCAAGUCCAUCGGCUACCUAUUCGCCAUUCAGCACGGCGCUCGCCUGAUCUAUGACACGGACGACCGGGCCGAUGUCGUAGAUGGUGACCUCGGCCGUCGAUUUGAUCUACAGCUCUCGGCCGGCAGCGAAAUCCUACUUCAGUACAGCCAUCAUGAUCCCAACCGCACCGUCGUCAACCCCUAUAUCCACUUCGGCCAGCACUCGGUCUGGCCUAGGGGUCUCCCUCUCGAUUGCGUCAGCAAAAUCGAUCGUGAAGAGUUCUACACGGAGGUCUAUGGCGGUCAUCAGUUUAUACAGCAAGGCCUCUCUGACGGGCUACCUGAUGUAGACGCGGUGUUCUAUUUUACCCGAAAGUCCUCCGGGCUUGAGGCAUUUGAUCUCAGAUUCGACGCGGAUGCUCCCAAGGUGGCGCUUCCUCAGGGAACGAUGGUUCCUGUUAACUCGUUCAACACUCUUUUCCACUCCCAGGCUUUCUGGGCUAUGAUGCUUCCCGUCUCGGUUAGUUCCAUGGCAUCUGACGUGCUGCGGGGAUACUGGGCGCAGAGGAUUCUUUGGGAAAUUGGUGGCCAUGUUGCUGUUUAUCCACCGACCAUCCACCGCUUGGACAAUGCACAAGCCUACCCUUUUGCAGAAGAGAAGGACCUUCAUGUCAAUGUGGGCAGGCUAAUUGAUUUCUUGUUGUCAUGGAGGUCAAACAAGCACACCCUUUUUGAGAGGAUUUUGCAUCUUAGCUAUGCCAUGGCUGAGGAGGGGUUCUGGUCGGAGCUGGACAUGAGGUUCACUGCAGCCUGGCUACAGGACUUGCUGGCUGUUGGGUACCAGCAGCCAAGGUUGAUGUCUUUGGAGCUGGAUCGGCCAAGGGCAAUGAUUGGGCAUGGGGAUAAGAAGGAAUUUUACCCCAAGAAGCUUCCUUCUGUGCAUCUUGCAGUGGAGGAGGUUGGGAUUGUGAGCAGUGAGAUUGGAAACCUCAUCAAGUGGAGAAAGAACUUUGGAAAUGUUGUGCUUGUGAUGCACUGUGGCAGGCAGGUGGAUCGAACGGCUCUGGAGUGGAGGUUGCUGUAUGGUAGGGUGUUCAAAACUGUAAUAAUAUUAUCAGAGGAGAGAAAUGCAGAUCUCAUGGUGGAACGCGGUCAGUUGUCGCAUGCAUACAAGUACUUGCCCAAGAUAUUUAGCAGGUAUGCUGGAGCAGAUGGCUUUAUAUUCCUCCAGGAUAAUAUGAUUCUCAACUAUUGGAAUCUCCUCCAAGCUGAUAAGAACAAACUAUGGAUUACCAACAAGGUUCCUGAAUCAUGGAUUACUGCUAAAAUUGAUUCCAACAGCUCCCAGUGGCUUGUAAACCAAGCAUCUCUAGUGAAGCAGGCUGUUAAUAACUUCCCAGCUCAUUUCCAAACCAACUUCAAGGAUAGCAAUGGCGACGAGAGUCUCACUAUCUGCGGGAGCGAGUUAUUCUAUAUCCCUCGGCGUUUUGUCGGCGACUUUGUCGAUCUUGUUGAGCUCGUAGGCAAUCUUGAUAUUCAUCAUAUGGUUGCAGUGCCUCUGUUCUUUAUGGCUUUGGAUUCACCUCAGAAUUUCGACUCUGAUUCUUUGUCAAGAACUUUGUAUUUGAAAGACAAUGGGGAAACUAGUUUCAAUCUUAGUAGUUAUUCGGCUCAAGUUCCUGCCCUCUAUCCCUUCAGCAUAAGCAAUGAGUCGGAGUUCAUAAAGCUUAUUAGAGUAAUGGCUUCUGGGGAUCAGCUUUUGAAGGAAAUGGUAUGAAAUUAGCAUAUUUUAAGCUUCGUUUGGGAUAGCUUUUUGUUGUUUUCUAAAGUAUCUUUUUAAUACAAAAAAUUUUGUACUAAAAGAUUACUUUAGAAAACAGUAAGAAAGCUGUCUUAAACGAAGCCUUACUCAUCAUUUGAUUUAUUUUGGGAAGAGUAUAGUAAAUGUUUAAUUGUUGAGUGAUAUUUUGCACUUAAAGUAAAUUCAAUGCAUAUAAUUUUUUUUUUCUUGCUUUUACAUUGUUGAAGAUGCAAUACAUUCAUUUUAGAUGAUUUGUUGAGAACUUUUGAAUGUAUAUUAAUAGCAAAUUCUGACAGUUUUGUUUUA